AUGGAAAGAAAACAAGAAAAUAUUGCUCCACCAGCCUACGACGAUGUAAUGUAAGUGUUUUAAACUGAUAAAUGUGUUUUGAAUCUUAUUUUUGCGCACUAAUCAACCACUCAUUCUCUUGUUUGUUAUUACUUUACUUUCAGUACCUCCCAGCCAACAUCAUCAGCACCACCCGUGUAUGAACUGAAUCCAGCUCAAAGUACCACUGUAACUCCAUUUGACAUAAACGAUGCCUACAAGAUUCCAAUCACUUAUCAACCUCCACCUCAACAACCGAAUACUGCCAAUGAACAAGACAAGUUAUGUAAUAACGGUUGUUUAUGUUGUUUUAGUUGUUUAGAGUUACUGCGGUGUUUUGCUGAAUGCGGCUUAGCAUGCGCAGCUUGUGCAGCUGCAUAAUCCAUAUUUUAUCUUCAAUUUUAUUGUAAUUUAUUAUUCAAAAAUAAUAAACUUUGUAAAUAACUAGUAAGACUUCUUUUUACAGCGCUCAAGCCAUAUUAAACAUAUCUAAAAACGUCAAAAUGAUUUUUUUAUAUAAAUAGAACUCCCACAAUAUGUCUUUCAUUACGAUCUUACUUUAUGCCAUUUCAAAGCUAGUCUAGGAGUCCCGCCACGAAACCAAUUGCGCGAAUUUCUUUUUCAAACUUUGGCUUUCUCUAUUUUUUAUUUUUCGAUCGCAGCUGGUCGAAUUUUUCUAUUUUUACGUUUUGCAAAUUCGUAUUUUGGGGAAUAUACGCCAUAAAACCAACGGAGAAUGCCAGAUUUAACACCUUCUCCGACACAUUCAUGGAAAUUGUCAGAUUUUGAGGUUGGGAGACCAUUGGGAAAAGGAAAAUUUGGUAGUGUAUAUCUUGCUAGAGAUGUUUACAGUCAUAUACCAGUCGCUUUAAAGGUAAGUUUUGUAUGUUUAUUACAAAAAAUUUGUUUAGAAUAAGAAUAUUUGAUGUGAAAACGUAUAAUUUUGGUCACAAUACUAUUUGUUGUGUGCUUUUUGAAAAUCAAUUACUCGCUAAGCGUCUUAUUUUUUAGCCAUUUGCUCUACAGUGACUUUUAAAGCUUUUUUUGCUGUUUAGCAUAAAGUAAUAUAGUUUGUUUGUUGUUUUAGAUCCUUUUCAAAUCACAACUGACCAAGAACAAUGUGGAACAUCAAUUGGUCAGAGAAGUGGAGAUUCAAGCACACUUAAGGUCAGUUAGCAAUUUUUAAUAGAUUCUUUUUGUUUUUAGACAUCCGAACAUAUUACGGCUUUACAAUUACUUUUACGACGAGAAGAAGAUCUACUUAAUAUUGGAGUAUGCUUUGAAUGGAGAACUAUACAAAGAACUUCAGAAGAAGGGACGAUUGAGUGAAAGGAGGACAGCAAAGGUAUGUUUUGAAGCUGGGGGAAGUGGAUAGUUUUAAGUUGAUGGAGUAAUAGGUACUUUUAAAACUGUUAUCUAAAAAAAGUUUUUUAAGUUCUUUUUGUUCAAGUUGAAUAAUAAUUUAAUGUUUUUAGUAUAUUUAUCAAGUAUCAGAUGCUUUGGAUUACUGCCACAGCAAAAAUGUUAUCCACAGAGAUAUAAAACCAGAAAAUAUAUUGAUUGACGAGCUCGGCAACCUCAAGAUUGCAGACUUUGGAUGGUCUGUACACUCAGCUUCCAAUAGGUAUGUUAAGAUUUCAGAGGUUAAUAAUGUGUCAUUGUUUGUUUGACGUAUUUUAAUUUACGUGUCAUUUUGAUUAUAUUUAUUUUUUUUCAUUGUGUUUUGACUUGCUUAAUUUCAGAAAGACGCUGUGUGGCACAUUAGACUACUUACCUCCAGAGAUGGUUUGCUCGAAUCCUCACGAUAAGCGAGUCGAUUACUGGGCUGUUGGUGUACUAUGUUACGAACUACUAUGUGGGAAGCCGGCUUUCGAAACUACAACGGCACAAGAAACUUAUCGACUAAUCAAACGAGGAGAGUACAGUUUUCCAUCUACAUUCUCCCCAGAAGUUUGCAAUUUAAUCAGCAAUUUGUUAGUGGUCGAUCCGGCUGGUCGAUUAAACUUACAACAAGUGAUGCAUCACGAAUGGGUGGCUUCACACUACAAACCGGAUAACGAACAAUCUUCUUGA